AUGGCCUCUAUUCGCGUUCUCUCCUUCGAUGCUGAGGGCCGUCCCGUGCAGUUCACUUCCUGGCUCGACGACCUGCAGUUGUAUCUUAUGAGCAAUAGCACGGACCACAUCUCCCUCUAUGACUACGCGUCUGGUGCUGCCGCUGCUCCUGCUGCCACAGCCGAGCUUAGUGUUCGUUCCCACUGGCAGACUCGUGACGCAGCUGCUCGCCUAGCCAUUCGCAGUCACCUGCCGCUAGCUGAGCUCGAGCAUUUUGGCGACUGCAAAUCCGCUAAGGCCCUGUACGAUGCUGUCGUUGCUCGCUACUCCUCGCCUGCCACAGCCGAGCUUAGCCGCCUCAUGCUGCCGUACCUGUUCCCCGAUCUGUCCACCUUUACUACAGUCGCCGAUCUUAUCACCCACCUUCGCACUAGUGAUGCUCGCCUACGUGCCGCCCUUCCCACCGAGUUCUGCGCUAAGAACCCCCCUCCACUGUACUGGACACUCCACUUCAUAGUCACCCGUCUCCCUGACACCCUCCGCUCAGUUCGAGACCACUUCCUUGCUCGCUGUCCCACUGAGCUCACAGUCGCCCUCCUAGAGGAGCAGCUGCUCGCGGCCGAAAAGAGCAUUGUAGCUGUCGGUGCUGCUCGUGGCGCUCCUCGCACCCCCAUCUUUGAGGGGUGUUCUCCCUCUCCCCUCGCUCCCUCCUACGCUGCUGCUGCUGCUGUUGACUUCCUUGGUGCUGAGUCUGUUGGCGCUGCUUCUGCUCCUGGUGGGAGGCGCCGCACCGGCAAGGGCAAGGGGGGCAAGGGUGGUGGUGGUGGCGCUGGGGGGGGAGGAGGUGGGGGAGGUGGGGGGGGAGGCGGUGCUGGAGGGAGCGGUGGCGGGAGCGCUGGUGGGAGUGGGGUCGGUGGUGGAGGCGGGGGCGGCGGAGGAAGCAGUGGCAGUAGUGGCGGCGGCGGCGGUGGCGGCGGCGGUGGCGGUGGCGGCGGCGGUGGCGGCGGUGGCGGUGGUGGCGGUGGUGGCGGUGGCGGUCGGAGCGGUGGUAGUGGUGGCGGCGGAGGUCGGAGUGGAGGCACUGGCUCGGGCCAGAGCUCCCAGCAGCAGCAGCGUCCCCAGACGACCCAGCAGCUUCGUGAGUGGCUUGCUCAGCGUGGGACGUCGGGGGGCAGUGGCCGCUGUUCCUAUGUCAUUCGCACAGGUGACCGCAAGGGACAGACGUGUGGGAGGUUCCACACCCCGUACCGCUGCUUCUCCCGCCUUGACGACGCUUGGCGUGAGGAGAUGGGUGCGGAUGUUGAGCGCCCCCGCUGGGCUGAGCUCAUGAGGGCUGGUGUUGAUGUCUUUGCUCUUGACUAUGAUGCUAUUAUUGCUGCCAUGUAUGCAUUGACUGUUAGUGCCGAGGGAGACUGUUACUUGUGUGUGCCGCCUGACCCAGGUAUAGAGCCCGCUGCCCUGGGUACUAGUGAGUCUGCUCUCUCUGGUAUGGUGCCCCCUGUACUUGCUCCCUCCAGUGCUGUCCCGGCUGGUUUCGAGUCUGCUCUCUCAGGUACAGCACUCACAGAGACUGCUCUCUCAGCGUGUGGCGAUCUGCACGUGCUCCAGGACCGGCCGUCACCUGGCUACGUUUACCCGUCGGCCGGGGUCGAGUCUCCUCAGGUCGCUGCUGUCGGUCAGGUGUCUGCGUCAGGUCUGGUAGCCCACGCCUGUGAGUGUCGUUCCCUGUCGCACCAGACUCUUCUCUGGCACCACCGCCUGGGUCACCCCUCCUUGCCACGCCUUCGUGGCAUGCACCGUCGCCACCUUGUGUCUGGUCUUCCCAGGUCCCUCCCUCCCCUCCCUGCCUCGCCUGCGCCGCCUUGCCUUCCUUGCGUCGAGGGGCGGCAGCGCGCCGCUCCUCACUCCUCCUCGUUCCCCCCGACAGAGGCUCCUCUGCAGACCCUCCACCUGGACGUGUGGGGCCCAGCCCGCGUUCGUGGUCAGGGCGGUGAGCGGUAUUUUUUGCUGGUUGUCGACGACUACUCGCGUUACACCACGGUCUUCCCCUUGCGCACCAAGGGUGAGGUCCCUGCUGUUCUGAUCCCUUGGAUCCGCACGGUUCGUCUCCAGCUCCGCCGCCGUUUCCGGACGGAUCUUCCUGUCCUGCGUCUGCACUCUGACAGAGGUGGUGAGUUUUCCUCCGAUCUCUUGAGGACCUUCUGUCAGGCGGAGGGCAUCGAGCAGACCUUCACGCUUCCGGACUCCCCACAGCAGAAUGGGGUUGCUGAGCGCCGCAUUGGCCUGGUCAUGGAGGUCGCUCGUACCUCCUUGGUCCACGCGGCGGCUCCCCAUUUUCUGUGGCCGUUUGCUGUCCGGUACGCCGCGCAUCAGCUCAACCUCUGGCCCCGUGUCUCCUUGCCGGAGACGUCGCCCACACUGCGUUGGACGGGGGAGGUUGGCGAUGCGUCGCGCUUCCGGGUGUGGGGUGCUCGUGCCCUUGUCCGCGAUACGUCCGCGGACAAGCUCUCCUCCCGCACGCUUCCCUGUGUCUUCCUUGGCUUUGUCCCUGACGCGCCUGGCUGGCAGUUUUACCACCCCACCUCGCGCCGGGUCUUCGCCUCUCAGGAUGUCACCUUUGACGAGUCGGUGUCUCUCAGGUAG